AUGACGUCACAUCGCACCUCAGACCCACGGCGGCCAUUUUGUGUGUAGCUGCUUUUGAGAACACGGGAAACCGUGUUCGUACAUGAAUUGGACACUGAAGAAACACUGAAAAACAUAAAAUGAAUGUCAUAGAAGAUAGAUCUGGUGCCAAAGAACUCGACCAAUGGAUUGAACAGUUGAAUGAAUGCAAGCAAUUGUCUGAAAAUCAAGUGAAAUCGUUGUGCGAAAAGGCUAAAGAGAUUUUAACAAAAGAGUCAAAUGUACAGGAAGUAAAAUGUCCGGUGACAGUGUGCGGAGACGUCCACGGACAGUUCCACGACCUGAUGGAGCUGUUCCGCAUAGGUGGAAAAUCCCCAGACACAAACUACCUAUUUAUGGGAGAUUAUGUAGAUAGAGGUUACUACUCGGUAGAAACGGUUAGUCUACUUGUAGCUUUGAAGGUAAGGUUUAAGGACAGAAUCACAAUCCUCCGGGGAAAUCACGAAAGUCGGCAAAUUACCCAAGUUUAUGGUUUUUAUGAUGAAUGCCUACGGAAGUAUGGAAACGCCAACGUUUGGAAAUAUUUCACUGAUCUGUUUGAUUACCUCCCCCUUACAGCCUUAGUGGAUACACAGAUAUUUUGUUUGCAUGGUGGUUUGUCUCCAUCUAUAGACACAUUAGAUCAUAUACGAGCUUUAGACAGAAUCCAGGAAGUUCCUCAUGAGGGACCAAUGUGUGAUCUUCUAUGGUCCGACCCUGACGACAGAGGCGGCUGGGGUAUAUCUCCUCGUGGUGCCGGCUAUACGUUUGGACAGGACAUCUCGGAGACUUUCAACCACAGUAACUCCCUGACACUGGUAUCCAGGGCGCAUCAGCUAGUCAUGGAGGGCUACAACUGGUGUCACGACCGGAAUGUGGUGACAAUAUUCAGUGCCCCUAACUAUUGUUAUCGGUGUGGAAACCAGGCCGCCAUUAUGGAACUAGAUGAUGCUCUUAAGUAUUCAUUCUUGCAGUUUGAUCCAGCACCAAGGCGAGGCGAACCUCAUGUAACAAGAAGAACUCCAGACUACUUCCUGUAGAAAGAAAACAAAGAGCUUUGCAGAACAAUUUCAUGCGCUAAUAUAUCUAGAAAUGUUGUACCAGAGUUUGUAUGUAACGUUUUUUGUGCUGGUACGCUGCCAACUGAUCUGUGACCAGUAGCUGCAUACCGACCAGCGACAUAUUGAUCCCUACCAGCACUCAACGUAUGACAUUUUAGUCUUUUAUUGUUAUAUGGAGAGAGGAGAAAAAAAAUGCACAGCUCAUAAAGGAUUGACGAAGUCUUCAAUGUAAAGAUGAUAAUUUUGAGGGAAGUGGGGGCAUUCGAAACAAGAUAGCAGGGGAGGGGAUCUUUGAAAACAUUACUUUUUUUUGUAGGAGGAUGUUUGAAUGUGGGGAAUAGAACCCUCUAGUUUCCAUCUUUUACAGACACGUAUGUUUGGUGUCAUGAGUGUGCAAUUUCAAUUUGUAGUUAUCUUUACGUGUUCAAUUUGUGACAGGCAGUUAGAUUAGGAGAUCAUGGUAGGCGUGUAAUCCUGUUACAUUCAUAGCCAGAAGCCGGAAAGACAGCGACGCAACAUCACCAACAUCAGAGAAAUGAUUUGAUGAACAGAUUUUUUCAAUAGCAUUAUUUUUCAAUUCAUGACGUUGUGUUCUAUCUUUCCAUGGGAAGCAAUAAGAACAGAUUUUUUGGGUUUCAGUUUCGGGGAUUGCAGAUAUUGUACUGUGCAGGAAAAUCAUAGAAAAAAAAUCACAUAUAUCCAAUUUCCCCUCCAAGAAUUUUUUCCUCUCCGUAGAAGUGAUAAGUUUUGUGAGGAGAAGGUGGUAAGAAUCCCAGUGUGAUUAUUUAUACUCUAAUGUAAGUAGUGGGCCAUUUGUUUGGGUAGCGACACUUAUUGCUGGUGUAAGGUAGGCAUUACUGUGCUAUAUUGAUUUCUUGUUAUAUUUUGUACAGUGUGUGUGUGUAAGUCGAUAGAUAACAUGAUUACGAGCGAUUGUAUGGAAGAAAUCUUGUUUAUUGUCAAGCCUUUGUCUACUAUUGAGUUUUAUUUCUUUUCGUUCUGCCAAAUGUUCAAAUUAGUUGAAUUUUCCCGCAAAAAUUUGUUGGUAGUUCAAGUAAAUGAGAACAUAUUUGUAAAAAUAACAUGCAUGGCUAUUUGACAUGUGCUGUAUAUGAUUGGAUUAAAAAGUCCUGCCGUAUUUGUGGGAAUGGCGUAGUAUGUAGAAUAUGUUUUAAUGAACCCCAUUUCUUUUCCGUUACAUUCUCUCAUGCGAAGUAACUUGCAUCCUUUUCUGAUUGUCUACACAUUGAGCUAACAGAUAACAUUGAUGAUAUAUUCCAAGGAACUUCAUAUAAAAGUCGCUCACUUGAAACUUGUCUUUUUGUGGUUGAAGAUUUUUCUAUGGUUGCUUUUUCAUGAUGAAUUAUCACAAAAUAGAUGCAGGUUAAAAACUGUUUUAUAAAUCAUUUUUAAUAGAAAGUUAAACCAAUGCUUCAAACAUUUUCGAAGCAACCAACUCAAGUCUUCACCAUCUUUUCCCAUGUUUCAGAUUUUAAUUUUUUAAUUUUCAAUACUAAUACUAAAUUCUUCGAGUGAAUUGUGAUGGUAUAUAAAUAUGUUUGAAUAUUCGCAUACAAUCUUGUAUUUAAGUAAUUUAAUGACCAAAUAUUAUUUUGCUGUUUGAAAUCAAAAGUGUAGAUUUGUAUUAUUCCAUUAGAAGUUCAGUUUUGUCGCGCUGAUGAUUAAUGUGUGCUAUAAGUAGGCUUCAUUUUAUUGAGAAUCUUCUUUUGCGAUCUUUCGUUCUAUGAUGUAUUGAAACUAUCAUUAUCUUCUGUUAAUCCCGAUACUGAGGAAGUGUUGAAAGGGGGGACUAUUGAAUUACAUAUAUAGAUAAGAACUGUUUUGUUCCACAUGCUUCAGUACAGUGCAUUGUAGUGUGAUUAAUAUUUAAAGAAUUUUUAUAAAGAUUUUUUUUUUUCUCACCAUGAUCGUCCUUAGCAAUGAGUAACAUGCCAUGGGUGUCGUUGAAUCGGGAGAUGCAAGAUUUUAGAAUUUACAAUUUGCACAGGAAUACAAUUAUAUGUCGACAAAGUUAUUGAUAAUAAAGAAUAAGUAACAUA